AUGUCAUCUGAACUUGAAUCAUUGAAACAGUGUAUCACUGAAUUUGAGGCUAAGAACGUCAAGCUUGAGGCUGAGAAUGCAGAGCUUAGGAAGGAGAAUACUGAAAUCUUUUAUCUUAGAAACAAGCUCUCAGUGUCUGAUGCUGAAAUAGCUGAACUUAAGCACAGGAAUACUGAGUUUCUAAGAGUGAAUAAGAAAUAUAAUGAGAGGCGUGAUGCCAAGGUAAAUAAAUUAGAGCAGAAAAAUAAGGAGCUUGAGACCAGACUUGCGAUAGUGGAACAGGCUUCCUUACCAGUGAAAGAGCAGUCGUAUAAUGAUAAUCCUUCUAAUGAUAGUACAUCUAACUUUAAUUCAGUUGCGGAGUAUCAUGAGAAACCAUUGGUGGAUGUGAAAACAGAUAAUUCCUUUCCUGAAGAGAAAGAGAUGGAUAAUUUCUUUCUUGAGGCUCAUAAGAAAAUCAUUAGUAGUGAAAUAAAGCAACUAGAGCUCCGAACAGGUCAGCCAAAUUCAGGUAACCUGACCUGA